AUGUCUCGAUUUGCUGGAAAAGUUGCGAUUAUAACCGGUUAGUUGUAGAGUUAAAGCCUAGAGUUAAAUUUUCGAAAAUUUUCCAGGUUCAUCGAGUGGAAUCGGUCGAGCAACGGCUGUUCUUUUGGGGAAAGAGGGCGCGAAGGUUACAAUAACUGGAAGAAAUCAGAAAAGACUUGAGGACACUGCGCAAACUUUGAAGAAAUCAGGAGUUGAUGUGAAUCUUGUAGCCGGAGAUAUAACAAAAACUGCUUGUCAGGAAACAUUGGUGGAAUCGUCAUUGAAAAAAUUCGGAAAAAUCAACAUUCUUGUCAAUAAUGUGGGUGCUGCUUUCAACGAUCCAGAUCUAACAAAAACUGGAAUCGAUACGGGAGUUGAUAUUCUACGAAAAACUCUGGAUAUAAAUGUUAUCUCAAUGGUGGAAACUAUUCAAAAAUGUAAGCCUCAUUUGAUUAAAACUCAAGGCGAAAUUAUAAAUGUGUCAACAAUUGCAUCACAACAAUCAUCGGUGAGAUCUACAGAAUCAUUUCAACAAAUUUCGAAACUUUUUUAGUUCAUCCAUUAUACUUAUUACGGAAUGGCUAAAUCAGCAGUAGAUCAAUUGACUCGAUGCACUUCUCUUGAAUUGAUUAAACAUGGUGUUCGAAUGAAUUCAGUGAGUCCAGGAUUUGUUGACACACCAUUUUUAAAUGCUGUCGGAUUACCUGAAAAUGCCGCAAAAAAGGUAGCCGAAUAUUAUGCAAAUAAUCGAGAUUGUAUACCAAGCGGAGUGGCUGGAAAAUCUGAAGAUAUUGCAAAAUGCAUCGCUUUUCUAGCUGAUCGCAAUUCUUCUUCUUAUAUUGUCGGACAAACAAUUGUAAUUGAUGGUGGAACUUCUCUAGUUGUCGCAAUGUCAACUCACAGUUUACCAAAAAUUUUAGAUUCGUGA